AGGAAGUGAAUGUGAGUUGUUUGACAGAAAGAUGUUUACCGUAGUUUAACCCCGUUAACGUUUACCGUUAGUUACACCAACUGUAGCUAAGAAUGCAGUCUGUGCGAAAACGUGGAGGCAACGACUCGACAAUACAAACGAGCACUCCUGGUGGGUUGAAGGAGAAUGUGCCACAGCAGAAGAGGCCGCAUUUCCACUUUGACCUGUGGUUCUGUCUGACUCUGCAGAACUGGAUACUGGACUUUGGCAGACCUAUUGUCAUGAUAACCCUUCCUCUUGAGUGGUUUCCCCUCAACAAGCCCAGUGCUGGAGACUAUUUCCACAUGGCCUACAAUGUCAUAACACCGUUCCUAAUGCUCAAGCUGAUUGAGCGCAGUCCCAGGGCGCUGCCUCGCACAGCGGUCUACCUCUGCAUCAUCACCUUUGUGAUGGGAGCCAGCAUCCACCUGGUGGGAGACUCCAUCAACCAUCGGCUCAUCCUGAGUGGCUACCAGCUCCACCUGUCAGUCAGAGAGAACCCCAUCAUCAAAGACCUCAAACCUGCCUCUCUGAUUGACUCCUUUGAGCUGCUGUAUUAUUACGAUGAACACCUGGGACACCUGAUGUGGUAUAUUCCUUUCUUCAUCAUUCUGUUCAUCUACUUCACCGGCUGCUUCACCAAGGCUGAAGAACAGAAGAGGCUGCCCGUCUCUGGUUGUCUGUUGCUGGGACCUAGCUCUCUCUACUAUUGGUACCUGGUCACUGAAGGGCAAAUCACUGAACUCUUCCUCCUCGCCUUCCUUGCCAUGGUUAUCAUUGUGAUACAUCAACAUCGUAAAGGCCUCAGUCCAGACAGCAAUGGCCUGUUCCUGUUCUGCAGUUUCAGUGUUACUGUGCUCCUGGUUGCCCUGUGGGUGGUCUAUCUGUGGAACGAUCCGGUGUUACGCAACAAGUACCCCGGGCUCAUUUAUGUGCCAGAACCUUGGUCCUACUAUACCUUACAUAUCAAGCAGAACCUCUGAGUUACAUCAGUCCAGCGGACUUCCUGUGACGGAGGUAGUGGCUGCACUUGGACAACGAUGACAAUCGAUGAAGGUUGUUGAAGUGCACCGACCUCACUGUGAAACACAAAGCGCUGCUGGCUUCAGCCAUACCUUCAGAAGGGGGUUCGUCUCCUCCGUUUCGUUCUAUAUCGUUGUUAAAAAGACUUUUGACGGGUUGGAAUUGUGAUGUUCGGUCUGCAUUUGUAACCGUUUGGAUCUCGUGACAUCUGGGACUAAGAAAGAUAAACUUAAGUAGAUGCACCAUGCGAGUAAUGUCAACAGAUACUUACACAGGGCCCGGACAAGAUUCUGUAAAAAUGCAGCAGCCAAUUUAGGGCCCUUUAACAUGUCAGUUUUAAUUGAGCUAUAGUCUUAUUUGCAUAUUACUAAAAAAAUUGAAUUCAUAAAACUACCACAAAAUAAUCUCCACUGGCAUGGGGCUGUCGGGCCCCUGAGGGUUUGAGAACCAGAAGCAGGUUUGCUCUCUCUUUGGUAAACCAGCGUCAAAUGUUCUUAGCAUUUAACAAAACAAAUGGGCGACUGUGGCUAAGUGGAGAGCAGGGCCGUCCUUCAAUCAGAGGAUCGGUGGUUC